CAUCUCAAAAAGUAAUGAUUGGAAAAAAAUGUUUUCCUGAAAAAACUUUUUCAUUUUGAUAGCUUUAUGAUAUACAAGGUGGGGCAGUCAAACCGCACGAUUUAACAAAGCCAGUGUAGUAGAGGAGGUGUAUGGUGGGGGAAGUAGCAGUGACUGGAAUGUUCUAGACGUUUGGAAGUUAGUAACCAUGGAGAAGUGGACCGGUGAACAGCGCGGCUUCAUUGUUACAGCAUAUUUAGAAAAUGUCCGAAGUUUCAUUCGUGCACAACGCGAGUUCCGCCUACAUUUUCAUCUUGCGCCUCGUGCGCCUGUUCCAAGCUGGAAAGCCAUUUUUGUUUGGACUAACAAUUUAAAAACAGCGGGUAAAACAACAGUAACAAGGGGUGGUAGUGUAAGAACUGUUAGAACGCCCGAGAAUGUGGAAGCUGUACGUGAAUCGUUUACAAGAAAACCACGAAGAUCUGCCAGGCGCCAUAGCAUUUCUCUUGGACUUUCAACUCGCACCGUAAGACGAAUUUUACAUGAUGACUUACAUUUACAUCCGUAUAAAAUUCAAAUUGUGCAUGCUUUGAAUCCUACAGACUAUCCUAUUCGUGUUGGCUUUUGUGAGCACAUGUUACAGUUAUUUGAAGACAACCAACUGCUCGUCCAUAACUUAUGGAUGAGCGAUGAGGCUAAUUUCCAUCUAAGUGGAAACGUAAACAAACAAAAUUUUCGGUAUUGGGCUGUUCUUAAUCCUCAAGAGCUUCAUGAAAGGCCACUCCAUUCGCCCAAAGUGACUGUUUGGUGUGCGAUGUCUACGAAUGGAAUAAUUGACCCAUAUUUUUUUGAGGAUGACAACGGCCACGCCGUUACAGUAACAUCAGCUCGCUAUGUUCAAAUGCUGAACAACUUCCUCAUUCCUGAACUUCGACAAUUUCAUGUGAAUGAGGACACUUAUUUUCAACAAGAUGGAGCAACUAGCCAUACGGCAAGAGUGUCAAUGGAUCUUAUGAGAAAUCUUUUUCCGAACCGCUUGAUCAGUAGGAAUGGGGAUAUUCAGUGGCCUCCUCGAUCACCCGAUCUAAGCUCGUGUGAUUUCUUUUUAUGGGGAUACCUCAAGUCAAAGGUUUUUGAGACUCGUCCAGCAACAAUACAGAACUUAAAAAUGCGGAUUACACAAGAAAUUCGCGCAAUUACACCAGAGGUGCUACGACGUGUUAGUGAGAAUUUCAGUUCAAGACUUAGACAAUGUGUGCAAAAUGAUGGUCGCCACCUUACUGGAGUAAUAUUCAAAAAGUAACAAUUUUUCUGUUUAUAACAAAAAUUUCCAUUCGUGUUCUUACUAUUUGUUGAAAUAUAUUACUUAAAAAUAUUUUCUGUGUAAGUUAUUUUAAUACCUAAAAUAGUGCCGUUUGACUGCCCCACCUUGAACAAAUCGAAAAACUAUGAAAAAUAUCACCAGUAGAAAGUUUAUUUAUAGCCUUUGCACAGUCAUAAUUGUCAUAAUUAUGAUAAUUAAUUAUCAUUAUUAUCAUAAUUAACUAAUAAUUUUCUAUUCUCUAUGGAAUACACUUUGGGGUGGCAACUAACGACAGGACUUUGUGUUGAACAUGUGUGAAACAUAGGCAUGUCCUGCAUGUUGUGCCAUCAGCCGGAGGCUUCGAACAAAAAACAGAUACUUCUAACAUCAAAUAAACAACCAAGAAAUAAAUCACUGAAAUAUUACAAAUUAUAAUAAUACAAAAAUAAUUUAACCUCAAUUAGAGCAGCGGAGAAAAAAUAAACAACAAAAACCGAAGAUAUAAAAACCUUGCCUCAAAAAGUUUUGUUGGAAGCCUUUUACUGCAAUGUUUGACGACAUGUGUAUAAACACUGUCGUUAGUAGCCACCCUUAAGGUGCGUUUUGUUUGUGCGUAUUCGCGUUCGGCUGUGUAUGCGAUUAGUCAAAAUAGCAACUUUCCCAAACAAUAAUUCGUACCUAUUUGUAUCAUAUUCACCAAUGUACCUAGAAUACUAGCUUCAUUGAUAUUUCCUAAGUUUUUAUCGUAUUCUUUAUUAAAAUUAAAUUAAUUUAACUUGUAAUAUAAAAUAGAACAGCAUACGAUAUUAAUUAAGUGAAUAUGAUACAAAUAGGUACGAUUAAAUUAAUUGUUUUGGAAAUUGGAUAGUUGCUAUUUUGACUAAACGCAUACGCAUCCGAACGUGGAUACCCACCUUUAAGGUGCAAAAUAAUAAAUUGAUUAAACUAGAAUCUUGUAUUUAAAAAAACUUGAUUUAAUUAUUUUCUUCUAUUGGAUUAAAUGUGAUUGGAAACUUUUGUUAAUGUUAUUGUUGAUCUGUUCUGUUAAUUUUAUUGUUCCUUACAUA